GUUGAUGGAAAUAACUUGGUGUCUCUCAGAAGCGUGUUAAUCGACUUGUGUUGACAACGGUCUAGUUACGUGUGCUUGCGAAAGAAAGAAAUAUUUAUAUUAAUGUACAGAAAAUUAAAUCAAAAUGAAGAAUAAUAUUUUUUGUAUAAUUUAUUUCGUGAUAGGUUGUGUGUAUUGCACUAGAUUCGAUCAAAGUCAAUCCGGUAAUUUGAAUGUUCAGGUUGAUUUAAAAGAUUUACAGAUAAUUGCACUUCUUAAGGGAGGAAAAGAAGAAUAUGUGGAUUAUGAUUAUGCUUAUGAUUACAAUGAAAUGACUAUAAAACCACAAAACCGGACGACACCGAGGCCACUAAACGGAACAACUUUAGCGGAAAGUGAUGCUGGGACAAGUAGCAAGGCGACAAUUACACCGGUGUAUAAUGAACAAACAGAAUUUUCCACAAAAGUUCCAAUUACGGACUUAUCUAAUGGGCCAACUGAUGUGACCGUUAUCGAUUACAGUACGACGGAAAAAUAUAAUGUUCAAGUAUCAACAGAAAAACUGAUUCCCGUAAAUAAAAAUGAAACUCUCACUCUAAAUACGACAACGAACAGUACUAAAUGUAAGAAAGGAUUUGUGUUAAAUUACAAAGGAGAUUGCGAAUUAAAAUUGCAAAGCUCUGGAAACGCCUUACUUAAGUUAGUUAAAUUAUCCCAGAAAUUAAAAUUAAGGAGAGAAAAUAAGGAUGAAGAUUGACCUAGCGAAGAAGUGAAGCUUCCUAAAAAUUAAUAGACUUAUAAGUUGAAGGCUGGCAAUUAUUAGAUUAUUUGUGCAUUUUUAAGACUGCAUGGUAACAAUAAUUUCUGUGAAUUUUUUAUGUUUUUUUCAUAAUUGAUAUUGUA